AUGUUGAUAGACUUGACAAAGAAGAGCGCCCAAGAAACAAGAGAAUCAUUCGAGAAAUAUUUUCAAGAAGAAAGGGAAAGGAGAGAAAAAUUCUAUAAAUCAUUAAAGGAAGAUUUACGAGAAUCAUUAAAGAAGAGUUCACAAGAACUCAGAGAAUCACUAAAGAAGAGUUCACAAGAACUCAGAGAAUCAUUAAAGAAGAGUUCACAAGAACUCAGAGAAUCAAUAGAGAAGAGUUCACGAGAAACAAGAGAAUCACUAAAGGAAGAUUUACAAGAGAUCAAAACAUCGUACACGAAGAUGGAAUGUAAUCUGAAGAAGGAAAUGCAGGAGUUACCAGAACGAUUGAAGAUGAACGUCGACGGAAGAGAAAAUAAGCUACAGACAAAUAUAGACCAGGUCCAGGGAGACGUGGAGAAGAUGGAAGAAAAGUUAACAGAGAAAAUAGAAGACGAUGUUGAAGAAACUAGAACCGAAUUGGGAGAAAAGAUCACCGAGGUGACGCAGAUGCAGAAACAAUGCAACGAUGUGGUUGAGGGGAUAGGAGAUAAGCAAAACCAAUUGGCAGUCAAUCCGAGAAAUGCUAUAGCCGUGCAGCAAGAAGAAGAUGACCAGUGGGUUGCAAUCGAAGGUGAGGCCUUCACUUGUGGAAUCAAAAGGAAGAAAGGGACUACUAAUUAUGAUCAGUUUGGAGGAGGAUUAUUGAAGAAAUGCUGGCCCAAAGGUCGUCAGUGUGCAGCACUUGAGGACCCACUACGAUGCAGACCACUUAGUAAUUGGAAAGGAACGUCGGAAGAAUUUGCCAAACAUUUGUGGAAAUGGAACGAGGUUUUGGAACAACCCCUGAAUGAUAACGUCAUGGUAUCUGUGAUAAAAAGAAGAUUGAAUCAGAAAAGGCAAGGAACUGUAUCUAGGAGCCUAAUCGAAGAUAGAGAGGCUUUAAUGAAGAUACUGGCCCAAUUGGAGUCUAUUAGAUCACAGGGACACAAUAAAGCUAAUGAUCGAAACAGAGAGGGAAGCAAUGACCCAAGGAUUCAUAUUAAUCAUUCAUCUGAUUACCGAGGAAGAGGCGGAGGAACCGAGAAACCAAAUGACACUCCAGGUGAGGUCCAGCCAAGAGUGAGGGCUAUAAGGACCCGAAUAAAUCUGCUAAGACAUGGUUAG